UUAUUUUAAAUAACAUGGCAACAUGAGCAAACUUUUGUAAGUAACGUUUUAUCAUUUGUUUGCUCACAGAAAAAAAUUCUUCGUAUUACAAUUCAAAAUUAUGGCUUUAAGACUGGGAUUAAAAUUAUCUGGAGUAGCAAGUAACGCUAGUGGUCCAGUUAAUAUCCAAAGACAGUUAAAAUCAUUGUCACCAAUAACUAAAGUGAACCUUCAUAGCGACCCAUAUAAAUCUGCAUCUGGAUCAAUAGCGGCAGAUGAACGCUCCAAUCAUAUCAAAAUUAAAAAUGCAAAAACAGGAAUCAAAAAUUACUCCUCAACCUCUUUCAAAGGAAUGGAAAAUGAAAGGGAAAGAACAUUCAUAAACAGUUUUGAUUCCGCUGAACAAUAUGAAUUGGAAGCCGCAAAACCUCGCUAUAAAAUUCGUAGAAGAAAUGAAGUUUACAAAAGCAUGUCACGCUUACAGAAAAAACAACUUAGUCGAGUUCUUCCUCAUUUACAGCCCAGCAAUCUGAAGCCAUAUGGAUCCACAGAUAACAUCGUUUUUCCGGAAAUACUGAAGCCAAGGGAGUGGGUUAAAUAUCCAGAGAACGAAGCAGAAGCAGAAGAAGAAGAAUAUUCAGUUCAACACGAAAAUACGUACCAUAAAGAUGGAAUGCUAAACAGGAGGGAGUUUUCUACCUAUAAUAAACCACCUGAAAAAAGUGAAAAAAACACUGAAGACAAAACAGCAUCUGAAUUCGAUUUAAGCGAUAAUCUAAAAUUAAGAAACGACGUGCCAGUUCCAUCGUAUUCAGAUCGCUUAAACAAAAUAAAUCACUUAAAACCAUAUCAAGGUGUAAGACAACUAAGCACCCAAAGUACCUCACUAAAUGCAUCUACCUAUAAUUUUAAAUCGAAGUCAGUACCAGAAAUAAAUGUAGGUAUUAUCAGUAACACUCUCCCCUUGCUUGAUAAGUCACCUGAUAUUAAUAUUGCUAAAAUAAAAGAACCCAUUGCUAAAGUAAACAUUAAAAAAGAUCCUUCGUCGAAAGUCAACAUAGCCGACCCCAUAAGUGUUCUAAAUGAAAUAGAGUUUAAAAAGUCAGGACGUGGAAGAACUAAAGUUCGUAAACCAAAAGAAGUUUGGGAUCAAUAUUGUCCGGAAGAAGAACCACCCAUACCGAAAAAAUGUCCUUUACAUAUUAAUGCCAAGUUGCCCAAAUUGAUUCCCAAGGAUUGUCCUUGUAUAGAUCCACCACCACCGUGUGACGUGCCUCCUCUUCCAAGACUAAACUUGGAAGUAUGUGAACCUCGACCACUUUGUGAGGUAGAGAUCUGCGGUGAAGGAGCACCCAGAGCAGACAUUGAUUGUUGGGAAUAUGUAGAGGAUGCGGACGCUGAUUGCAGGAAAAUACCUGCAGUAAAAGACAGAACCUGUGACAAAAAGAAAAUGAGAGAACUAAAAUGCAAACAUUGCAACCAGAAGAGGUUUAGUACAUACACCGGUGCAUUAGUUAACACAAUAAGAAAGAUGUCAACUAGUUCUAACUGGCAUAUGAAUAAAAACAACAAAGUAUUAUUUAGUAUACAGAAAAAGAAUUUCUCAUGUAACUCUGGAGCACUCGAUAACUCUUCAAAGUUAGAAGUUAACUAUAUAAAUCUAUAUAGAAAUUAUCAAGAAUCUGCUAAUCGCUAUUAUUCUUGGAAAAAAUGUCCCAAGACUGAAGAAGAAGAUUGGGGCUGUCCCAAAAAAGACAAGCCAUGUAAAGCACCAAAAAUAAAAAGAAGUGACGAUUGUAAAGGAGAUUUGUGUGGGUCACAUCCCAAACCAUGUCCUAGAUUUUGUUUGGACAAUUGUCCUUUAGUAGAUCCAGAUGCUUGUUUUAGAAAACGUCAUGCAGUUUGUUGUGAACGCACCCCAAAAACCCCAUAUCCUUCUUACUCAGAGUGCAUGGUAAGUUACAUUCAACCUUUUACGAAUACAACUGAAUAUAAAUGUGAAAGGUGUGGGAGAAAUCCUAGAGAUGAAGAAAACAUUGGAAACAAAAGUAAAAAGUACAGCACAAAUUCUGUUUCCAAUUCUCUAUUAAUGAGCAAUUUAGUCGAAAACACAUUAAAAGGUAAAAGAUUGUUUUCAAAUGUAAUUGUGAAAUCUAGCCUGUUGGAAAAUUCAUUCAAAUCAAACAAUGCCACCACGGAACAAGUGAGAUAUAAGAAUUGUAAGACUUGUCCCGAUAUAUCAUAUCCAGAUUGUCCACCAAGAUGCAGAUUUGACUGUGAAAAAGUCGUUAAGGAUCUUAAAUGCGUAAAACAAAAGCCACCGUACCCUGCCUUUUCAGAAUGUGUAAUUGAAGAAUUUGAGGAAUUUAUGUCAGAGUGUCCAUACAACUUAGAAUCAUCCAGGCGUCUGCAACCGGAUUUCCAACAAGUACCCGGUUUCGAUAACAUCAUCAAACCUCCACCCUACAGCUACGACAAAUUAGACCCACAUAAGGAAGAAAGAUGCAUCAAGAAAAAGUUGUGUCUUAAAAACGAGGGAAUUACUCAAGAUUGCUGCACUUUUGGAAAACCAUACACUCCUCUCAAAUCCAAACAUCUCACGCGCAAUGAUUAUCCGCAGUGCGUGGCGAAGGACAGACCUUUCGGGUACGGACAGAAGUUUGUAGUCAAGCUUCACACUAUGCCCGUCCAAACCAUAAGCAGAACAUGUGAAGUGCCAAACGUCAAUGCCCGUUACAUUCACUCAUCCUCAAGACUUGAAAUAGAAAUAAAUAGUAGAUUUACAUCGAAAAUUCAUAAUGUACAUAGUACAUAUUUUUGCGAUUGCCUACUGAAACGUUGUUUUAUCACCACAACUCUAAAAUGUUUGCCCAGAGGCGGAUCGAAAAAGAAGAAUCCGAAAAUUUGUCCGCCAGAAGUUGCAGAAGCCGAAGAUUGCGAUGACAAGCCACCGAUUAAUGAAAAAGGCUGUUUUAAAACUAAAGCACCUAUUGCUUCAUUUUCCGAGGCACCACAGGAGACAUUAGAAACUAAAAUCUCAGAAUGUCCAAACACGCCGUACCAGGAAGAAAGGGCGGAUAAAAUUAAAUCUCAAUUUAACAUACCGGGAAUAAGUUCGGAAUCCAAACACGUCUCUGACUGUAAACCCGUUGAGAAGAAGUAUAACGACUUGGGAUUUUGCGAUUCAUCAGAAACUAUGUCCAUUCUGAAUAGAGGGGGAGCUAUUGUAGAAGAACCGCCAGCUAAAAGUGAAUGUAAAGUUGAUAAAUGCGUUGACAAUGUUAUAGAAACUUGUUCUGAAAAUCGAAGUAUUAAACAGUGCGACAAUGAUACCAGUACUUUUGAAGACAUCUGUAAAGAAACACCGAAAAAGUCUAUGUUGGGCACAUUGGUCUCAAACAUUGUAAACUAUUUUAAAGCUCGUGAUUGUCCUAGUCCUGAAGAAUUCAAAAGAAUGAGAUUACGCGCCAUUGCCGAGAGGGCCGCAAAUAGAGCCGGUUUGACUAUUUGCGAACCAAAAGAUGCUUGCAAAACUUAUAAUAUGCCCAAGAUAAUUACACCUGAAAGCGACCCGGAAUGUAAAGAAGAUAGUAAAAAACGCAACUGUUAAGUAACAUGGAGGGAUUACAUAAUUCGACUGGAAAGUCACAUUAAAAAAGGCUAAAAGAUCCUCACUGCAAGCCAGAUUCUGGAUGAUCUAUUCUCGGAAUGAUGGCUAGUAGUUGUUGGUAUUUCUGUAUAAGGUCUGGAAUAAAUAUCAUUUUUAUGUCAGUAA